AUGGCUGCUCUUAAUCCACAGUCAUUGGAUAUGUCCAAUGCUAUUGUUGCUCAAGAUGAAAUGGGUAGACCAUUCAUUAUUGUCCGUGAUCAAGGUAAAAAACAACGAAGCCAUGGUAUUGAGGCCACAAAAUCUCAUAUUAUUGCCGCCAGAUCCGUUGCUUCCAUCAUAAAGACCUCUCUUGGGCCUCGUGGGCUUGACAAAAUUCUUGUUUCUCCAGAUGGAGAUAUUACUAUUACCAACGAUGGGGCCACUAUUCUUUCACAAAUGCAAAUCGAUAACCAAAUUGCCAAAUUAUUGGUGGAAUUAUCUAAAUCCCAAGAUGAUGAAAUUGGGGAUGGUACCACUGGUGUAGUUGUGUUGGCCAGUGCCUUACUUGACCAAGCUUUGGAAUUGAUUGAUAAGGGGAUCCAUCCAAUUAAGGUUGCACACGGGUUUGAUGAAGCUUGUAAAGUGGCAAUCGCCCAACUUGACAAAAUUGCAGAUGAGGUGAAAAUUCCAUCCAGCUUUGUUAAAUCCAGUAAUGCUACUACUAGCAAUGCUGAUUUCAAUGGUGAUGUGGAAGAUGGUGAAGAAUUGUUCAAGGCGUCAAAGACUUCUUUAGGCUCUAAAAUUGUUAGUAAAUUUCACAACCAAUUUGCCCAAAUGGCAGUUGAUGCAGUGUUAUCAGUGGCUGAUUUGGAAAGAAAAGAUGUUGAUUUUGAAUUGAUCAAAGUUGAAGGUAAAGUUGGUGGAUCUCUUGAUGACUCUAAAUUGAUCCGUGGUGUUAUAAUUGAUAAAGAAUUUUCUCAUCCUCAGAUGCCAAAGCAGGUUGAAGACGCUAAAAUAGCUAUCUUAACUUGUCCAUUUGAACCUCCAAAGCCAAAGACAAAACACAAGCUUGAAAUUAGUGAUGUUGAAGAAUUCAAGGUAUUACAAAAAUACGAACAAGAUAAAUUUAUCGAAAUGAUUGAACACUUGAAAGAAUCUGGGGCUAACAUGGUUAUUUGUCAAUGGGGAUUUGACGACGAAGCUAAUCACUUAUUGCUUCAAAAUGAUUUGCCUGCAGUGCGUUGGGUUGGUGGUCCGGAAAUCGAAUUGAUCGCCAUUGCUACCAAUGGUCGUAUUGUUCCUCGUUUUGAAGACUUGGCCAGUUCUAAGUUGGGUCAUGCAGGUCUUGUCCGUGAAAUUGAAUUUGGAACUACUAAAGACAAAAUGCUUGUAAUUGAAAAGUGUGAUAACGUCAAGGCUGCUACCAUCUUCAUAAGAGGUUCAAACAAGAUGAUUGUUGAUGAAUCUAUUCGUGCUGUUCAUGAUGCCAUUUGUGUUGUGAGAAACCUCAUCAAGGACAACCGUGUCAUUUACGGUGGUGGUGCUGCAGAAAUUGCCAUGUCGAUUGCUGUUCAGGAAGAAAGUGAUAAGCGUAAAGGUAUUGACCAAUAUGCGUUCAAGGCAUUUGCUGAUGCCUUAGACGCCAUUCCAAUGACCCUUGCUGAAAACUCUGGGUUGAACAGUAUUGAAGCUCUUACAGAAUUGAAGAGUCGCCACAUUAAAGAACAAAAUACUCAUUUGGGUGUUGAUUGUUUGGGUAAAGGCAGUAACGACAUGAAGGAAUUGUUUGUGAUUGAUCCAUUGAUUAGUAAGAAGCAGCAGGUUUUGUUGGCUACUCAGUUGAGUAGAAUGAUCUUGAAGAUUAAUGAUGUUAUUAUAAGCGGCAAGGACUCAUACUAA